AUGAAACUCAGCACUAUCGUGAUUAAAUUUCAAACUUCUAAUAGUAAAGUAGUUCAACUAUCAAUAGUUUUAUUCUUUUUUAAAAAAUUCGUGUAUCUAUAUGCACUAUGUAUGUUGUGCAAAAUUUGAAGAUUAUUAUAUCCUCACUGUUUUUAUCAUGUUAUUACAUAUUUACUAGAUGUUUUUCCACUAAAUGUAAUAUUAUAUACUAAAUAUUAAGCAUAAUAUAUUUUGUACGUUCUACAUAUAUUUCCAGAAUUUAUUAAUUUAUUUUAGUAAUAUUCGUGUAUUAAUCUAAAUCCACAUAUGCUAUAAUGUACAUUGACGUAAAUAAUGUUGGAUAUCGAAUGCUUUUCAAAAGAAAGUUCUUGAUGGAUAGCCGAAGACGUCGAAACAUAUAGAGAUAAGAAUGAAGAAGUUUAAAUGAUUUAUUGAAUGAGAUUACUCAAUCGUUUUAAUUAAUAGUUCAUUAUGAUUGAACAUUUCUUUUUUUUUAUUUUUAUUUUUUAUUUUUUUUUUUAUUUUUUAGACUGGCAGGCUGGAUUUUAACGCUAGCAGAGUGACUGGACACACUGGACCGGUUCUGGACAUUAAAUGGAAUCCGUUCAACGAUAACAUCAUUGCUUCCUGUUCCGACGACUGCACUAUAAAACUAUGGCACAUCCCUGACGGUGGAUUGUCGCGAAAUUUGACCGAGUGGUUGGUGGAGUUGCAAGGUCAUAAACGUCGUGUCGCCUACAUAGAAUGGCACCCCGUUGCUGAGAACGUGCUAUUUAGCGCUGGUUUCGAUCAUCUUGUUAUCGUGUGGGACAUAAAUAAAGGAGAAGCCGUCAACGUGAUCGAUAGGCAUCCUGAUGUGAUCUAUAGCAUAUCGUUGAAUCGUGACGGUAGCUUAUUAGCAACGACGUGCAAGGAUAAGAAAUUGAGAGUUUUCGAACCAAGAUCUGGCAUUGUGGUUUCUAAAACUAAGAGUAAUUCUAUUGAUCAUCAACAGGAAGGGAUUUGCCACGCUGGGACAAAGGCCAGCAAAGUCGUUUUCCUUGGCAGUUCUGGACGUCUUCUUACGACAGGUUUUAGUCGUCACUCUGACAGACAGUAUGCCAUUUGGAGUCAGCAUGAUUUGAACGUACCGCUGACAUGCGAGACUAUUGACUCUUCCAGUGGAGUAGUUUUCCCAUAUUAUGACAAUGACACUAAUAUGGUGUACUUGGCGGGAAAGGGUGACGGUAAUAUUCGAUACUACGAGGUAGUAAACGAAGCACCCUGGAUGCAUUAUCUCAGUCAGUUCAUCUCUGGGAAUCCUCAAAGGGGAUUAGGCGUAAUGCCGAAGAGAGGCGUUAACACAGCUAUCUGCGAAGUGUUCCGAUUUUACAAACUGCACGCGACUCGAGGAAUGUGCGAGCCGAUAUCCAUGAUAGUUCCUCGAAAGAGCGAUCAAUUUCAAGAGGACCUGUAUCCUGAUACGAUAGGCACCUGUCCGGCUUUAUCAGCCAGGGACUGGAUAAGCGGCAUGAACAGUCCACCGAUCUUAAUUUCUCUGAAAACCGGCGGUAGCAUUACCACGCACAAGCCACGCGUGUACAAGCCACCGCAACUUCCACCGACAACCGACUUGAAUAAUAAAAAGAAAUUCGCCUUUCUAUCUACCGAGACCGUGCCGGAUUACAGGCCGAUCGAGUUCCACGAUAUGUCGGAGAAAAGCCAGAAAACGUCCAGCAAUCAGAGCACCAAGUUUCAACAGUUGCAACAAAAAUUCGGCAACGUUGUGCUGCAGAAGAAUAUCAUUUCCACGCCGUUGAACGAUAACAAGGUCUUGGAGAACGUGGACAUUCCUAAUAACGAGGCAGAACUGAGAUUAGCAUUCGCUCGUCAGACUGACGAGCUGAGAUUGGUACGCAGGCAGCUAGCAAAUAGUCAGUUACGCGUGAAAGAGCUGGAGGAGCAGAUACGUAAGCUCCAGCGUCAGUGA